CGCGCAGGCGCGCCGGGGCGGGCGGCCGCGGAUUCAUGUGGAGGAGGGUUUUGGAGCGGGAGCUGAGGCUGGAGCUGUGAGAUGGCUGCCAAAGUGUUCGAGAGCAUCGGGAAGCUCGGCCUGGGCUUGGCGGUGGCGGGUGGAGUUGUCAACUCUGCUCUUUACAACGUGGAUGCAGGGCACAGAGCUGUGAUCUUCGACCGUUUCCGAGGGGUGCAGGACGUGGUGGUGGGAGAAGGGACCCAUUUCCUGAUCCCCUGGGUGCAGAAACCCAUCAUCUUCGACUGUCGCUCGCGGCCCCGCAACGUCCCCGUCAUCACCGGCAGCAAAGACCUGCAGAACGUGAACAUCACCCUGAGGAUCCUGUUCCGGCCCGUGACGGCGCAGCUGCCCCGCAUCUUCACCAGCAUCGGCGAGGACUACGACGAGAGAGUGCUGCCCUCCAUCACCACCGAGAUCCUCAAGUCCGUGGUGGCCCGUUUCGACGCAGGUGAGCUGAUCACGCAGCGGGAGUUGGUGUCCAGGCAGGUGAGCGAGGACCUGACGGAGCGAGCGGCCACCUUCGGGCUCAUCCUGGACGACGUGUCCCUGACUCACCUGACCUUUGGCAAGGAGUUCACCGAGGCCGUGGAGAUGAAGCAGGUGGCGCAGCAGGAGGCAGAGCGAGCCAGGUUCAUCGUGGAGAAGGCCGAGCAGCAGAAGAAGGCGGCCGUGAUCUCAGCAGAGGGGGACUCCAAGGCUGCCGAGCUCAUUGCCAACUCCCUGGCCACGGCCGGGGACGGGCUGAUCGAGCUGCGCAAGCUGGAGGCGGCCGAGGACAUCGCGUACCAGCUCUCGCGCUCCCGCAACAUCACCUACCUGCCCUCGGGCCAGUCCGUGCUGCUGCAGCUGCCCCAGUGAGCCGCCAGGGACAAAACGCACCUUAAGAACAGAAAAGGAAAGGAAAAAAAAAAAAUCAUUGUGAUUUCCUCUCGCCGAGGAAAUGGAAAUUUGGAAAUUGGAGGGGUUGGUUUUUUGUGGGGUUUUUUUUUUUUUUUUUGGGUUUUUGGUUUUUUUUUGGAUGGGUAAUUGAAUAAAAGCGAACGCGACAUCGGGUCUGCGAUUCCUCCCCUGUGUGGUCACAGUGGUGGCUUCACUGACUCUGACUUUGGGAGUUCAGCAAGUGAGGUUUGGGACUUGGCCCUUUCCGGGCAGUGGGAGCAGCAGGAGCAGAGUUUUCCUGGGGUGAAGCCCAGGUGAGUCCCUGGCCAGGGGCGCUGCUUCCAUCAGGUCUCAGAGCUGCCUCGGUGCCUUCAGGCUGGCUGGGGCUGUCCCCACCUGCAGCCCCUGGGUCCUCAGCCACCCCACACCUGUCCAGGUGUCACUGAGAGCCUGAGGACACCACAGCUCAGGGCAGGGGCUCUGUGGGGUGAGAGGAACACAGAUUCCCUUUGGCUUGCUGGAGAGGGGAGUUCUGUUGCAGGACACCCCUCUGGAACUGGGACAUCUUUUCCCUGAGCUGUCCCUCUCCUGGGCUCCUGUCCCAGCCCCUGGCUGCUCCAGGAGCAGAAAUCCUCUAUUCCAUCCCUGCUCCUUUUCCUGAGGGAAGUAGAAUUGUGAGAUUGUGUAAGCAGCCUUCAAUAAAUGUCACAGCCCCAAGGCUGGC